AUGGAUCUGAAAGUAUAUGAUGACUUGAACCAUGUCGAUGAGUCUUGGACGAUAUUCCCGCCUUUAAUCUUAACUACCUAUUAUUUUCCUUGUCUAUCUUACCUCGACCACACACGCACACACGCAAAUAUGCCCUCCACUAUAGAUUGGGCAUAUUUUUUUCCUUCACAUGUCUCGAAACCCCGUCGUUUUCCACGUGGCCAUUGCUCAAAUCCAGGCAUUGGUCAGGCAAGACUCGACGGCCUGUAUCUUAGCUUAGCAAUGACUUGUCGUUGCCACAAUUCUUUCAGUUUUCUUUUGUUCUUGGAUAUACAUGUAGGGGUAGUGGAUGGACGGCGCAUUUCGGACGGGAAGAGAACAUAG